CGGACGCUUCACUCUACUCUUGAGCCUUUCGGAUAAGAGACGGAGCGUUUUUCUUCCGACAGUCGCAAAGACAACAUGGACGUCCACAGAGUGUCUAACCACAACCAAAUGGAUUAUAACUUCGACAGCAUGGAGCCCAAACACGGGACCAUGUUGCCAUGUCAAGAGGACCGUUUUGACAGCGGCCUGGAGUCCCUGAAGGAGGACGAGCUGGUGAACGGGUUUGAGGAAAUGACUAUGAACUUUAAAGAGGAGCCCCCACAGGAAUACGAGCCGUGGAGAGCCGCAGUGACUGAGGAUGGUGACACGCUUCUCCACUUGGCCAUCAUUCAUGAAGCCAAAGAACAUGCCUUUCAGAUGAUCAAACUUUCCCACAAUCACCCAUUCCUCAACGCACAGAACCACCAGAGACAGACUGCCCUCCACCUCGCAGUGAUCACAGAGCAGCCCCAGUUAGUGGAGAGGCUCCUGAGUGCCGGCAGUGACCCGUGCAUGGCCGAUGACAGCGGGAACACGGCUCUCCACAUCGCCUGCAAGAGGGGCUCCCUCGCCUGCUUCGGCGUCAUCACCCAGAACUGCAGUCGCCACAUCACGUCCAUGGUGACCUUCCCCAACUACAGUGGACAUAAUUGUCUCCACUUGGCGUCCAUUAACGGCUACAUUUCAUUGGUCGAAAGCCUUGUUCGGCUGGGUGCAGACAUCAACGCACAGGAACAGUGCAGUGGACGGACGUCGCUCCACCUGGCCGUCGAUCUCCAGAACCCCGCGCUGGUCCGCCGCCUGCUCGAACUCGGCGCAGACGUUAACUGCUUAAACUACGGCGGCUUCACGCCGUACCACCUCACGUACGGACGCCAGAACGAAGAGAUCCGCCGGCAGCUGUACGAGAAGACGGCGCAGGAGCUGAGGGAGCUGCCCGACAGCGAAUCAGAGGAGAGCGACAUGGAGGAUAUGGAGUCGUCGGAAGAUGAGCCGUAUGAUGACAUAAAGUUCGGAAAGUAAACCAUCUCUUACCGGUGGUGUGAACGACAGUGAAGCUGCUACUGGGUUGCCCAGCCACGGCCCCACCCCCCAAUGAGGGACACAUCAGUCCACGUCCCGGUCCAGGCCCAGGUCCAAAGGGGCUGGUCCUGGCAUCGAAAGAACAUGGAUGAAGACGGCGUCCAGUGUGGUCAAGCCCGGUCCGGAUCGCAAAAUGAUGACCAAAAAAC